AUGGAUCUGAGCAACUACACCAGGGUGAAAGAGUUCCUUUUCCUCGGCCUCACCCAGAAUCAAGACCUGAGCUUGGUCUUGUUUCUUGUCCUGCUCUUGGUGUACGUGACCACUCUGCUGGGAAACCUUCUCAUCCUGGUCACCGUCACCAGUGAAUCUCGCCUCCACACCCCCAUGUAUUUCUUGCUCCGGAAUCUGUCCAUCGCCGACAUCUGCUUCUCUUCCAUCACGGCCCCCAAGGUCUUGGUGGAUCUUCUGUCCAACAGAAAGGCCAUCUCCUACAAUGGCUGCUUCACACAGAUGUUUUUCUUCCAUCUCAUUGGAGGGGUGGAUGUCUUUUCCUUGUCGGUGAUGGCAUUUGAUCGCUAUGUGGCCAUCUCCAAGCCCCUGCACUAUGUGACCAUCAUGAGUAAGGAACGUUGUGUUGGAUUAAUAGUGGGCUCCUGGUUGGGGGGCUUUACCCACUCCAUCAUACAGAUCUCCCUGCUGCUGCCUGUCCCCUUCUGUGGACCCAAUGUGCUUGACACGUUCUACUGUGAUGUCCCCCAGCUCCUCAAACUCGCCUGCACCGAUAUUUUUGUGCUGGAGCUGCUCAUGAUCUCCAACAAUGGGAUGCUCACCACUCUCUGGUUUGUCUUCCUCCUGGUGUCCUACGUGGUCAUAUUACUGUUACUCAGGUCUCACACUGGGGAGGGCAGGAAGAAAGCCGUCUCCACCUGCACCUCCCACAUCACGGUGGUCACCCUGCACUUUGUGCCCUGCAUCUAUGUCUAUGCCAGACCCUACACCGCCCUCCCCGCCGACAAAGUCAUCUCUGUCACCUUCACCGUCAUCUCCCCUCUGCUGAACCCCUUGAUCUACACUCUGAGGAACCAGGAGAUGAAGUCAGCCAUGAGGAAGCUCUGGGAAAAACUUGGGUCUCCUCACAGGGUUUAG